UCCAAGUGCUGAGCUGGAACUUUUGGUACUUCAUUUCCUCUGCACAGCUCCCAUUUGUAAACUCAGCCUUGGGUUUAAUCUUUAACCUGCCCUCUGCACCCUCAUCUACGUGAAGUGUCCCACUGAGCACAGACCCUGUAGCUGGCCCUGCUGGGCCUCACACAGUUUGCAAAGGAAGUCUUUUCAACUGCCUGCAUCACGUGCAGCUUUGGCCUUUUAAAUGUAUUCCUGUCGCACUGAGUUUGACUUGAUCCUAAGCAAAUUAUCCCGCCCUUUCAUUCUCCCGUCUUGAUGGACGGGAAGUGAGGCAGAUGGCCAGAGCUCCCUCUCCUAGCAUGCGGUCGGAAGGCCAAGGACAUUAUAAACACAGCGCGGGAACACGUGGCGAAGAUGAUAGGAGGGAAACCUCGAGACGUCGUCUUCACCUCCGGGGGCACUGAGUCCAACAACUUAGUGAUCCGUUCUGCCGUGAGAACUUUCCACGAGAACGAAGCCUCCAGAGGGGGCGCGGUGGAGCACCCCAGCCCGGUGGAGGGGGCCGCGCCCCACUUCAUCACGAGCACAGUGGAGCACGACUCCAUCUCUCUGCCCCUGCAGCACCUGGCAAAGGAGCAAGUGGCCGCGGUCACCUUUGUCCCAGUGUCCAAGGUGAGCGGGCAGGUGGAGGUAGACGACGUCCUGGCCGCAGUCCGUCCCACCACGUGCCUGGUGACCAUCAUGCUGGCCAACAACGAGACUGGCGUCAUCAUGCCGGUCCCCGAAAUCAGCCGGCGCAUCGCAGCCCUGAACCAGAAGCGGGCAGCGUCCGGGCUGCCCCACGUCCUGCUGCACACGGACGCCGCGCAGGCGUUGGGGAAGAGGCGCGUGGAUGUGGAGGACCUGGGUGUGGACUUCCUGACCAUCGUGGGGCACAAGUUCUACGGCCCCAGGAUUGGCGCGCUUUAUGUCCGAGGGCUCGGUGAACUCACCCCUCUGUACCCCAUGCUGUUUGGAGGUGGACAAGAGCGGAAUUUCAGGCCAGGGACGGAGAACACCCCGAUGAUUGCCGGCCUUGGGAAGGCCGCUGAGCUGGUGACCAAGAACUGUGAGGCUUACGAGGCCCACAUGAGAGACGUCCGAGACUACCUAGAGGAGAGGCUGGAGGCUGAAUUUGGUAAAAAGAGAAUCCAUUUCAAUAACCGGUUUCCAGGGGCCGAGCGGCUGCCGAACACCUGUAACGUUUCCAUCCGGGGACCCCAGCUUCAAGGCCGCCUGGUGCUCGCACAGUGCCGGACGCUGCUGGCCAGCGUGGGGGCCGCAUGCCACUCGGACCUCGGGGACCAGCCGUCGCCCGUGCUGCUGAGCUGCGGCAUCCCCUUCGCGGUGGCCAAGAACGCGCUGCGCCUCAGCGUGGGCCGCAGCACCACCAGGGCCGAGGUGGAGCUCGCCGUGCAGGACCUGAAGCAGGCCGUGGCCCGGCUGGAGGGCCAGGCCUAGUGCCGGGCCGCGCCGCUCGUGGGAGUCCCCCGCCAGCCGUCUGGCUUCUCCUCAUCCCAUCCCGCCCCGGCGUGGCGUGGUGAAGCAUGGGCGUUGGUGCGAGUGCCUCCUCCACGGACUGGGUCUGCCAGGCGCACAGACAGCCCUCCCCACGGCCCCUGGCCACGGGCAGCGGCUGGAGCGGACAGGCUGCAGCCACACCCACGCCCCUCGAGGGAUCGGUGAGCCUCUCCUGAGCGCCUGCCCGGAAGCGGCGUUUUUAUCUGCAAGAUAAAACCCAGGGACGGAUAAGUCACUGCCACUCAGGAAGAUAGGAAGCUUGGCUCCGGGGGCUCCCUGCCGCCUCGGUGGGCCCUGCCUCGACCAGGGCAGGACGCGCCCUUGGUGGCCGAGCACCUUCUGCUGCCAUGUGGGCUGCAGGUCACUGGGCACCUCCCCUCCCCGAGCCACCACCUCUCCUGGCUCCGCUUCCGAUCUGCUCGACUGGCGUGGGUGGCCGGUGUCUGUGCCAUUCCCGAGGUGGGAAAUCGGAUCUCCCCACCCGGCUCUCAUCCCCACCCUGCUGCAGAAGGACUUUCAUCUUCACACAGCAUCCUGCGGCCUAGGGGGAUUUGCAUAGGAGCCACUGUCAGGGCCGACGGUUCUGACGUGUGACAUAGGAGCCACCGUCAGGGCCGACGGUUCUGACACGUGACAUAGGAGCCACCAUCAGGGCCGACGGUUCUGACACGUGACAUAGGAGCCACCGUCAGGGCCGACGGUUCUGACACGUGACAUAGGAGCCACCGUCAGGGCUGACGGUUCUGACACGUGACAUAGGAGCCACCGUCAGGGCCGACGGUUCUGACACGUGACAUAGGAGCCACCGUCAGGGCCGACGGUUCUGACACAUGACAUAGGAGCCACCGUCAGGGCUGACGGUUCUGACGUGACAUAGGAGCCACCGUCAGGGCUGAUGGUUCUGACAUGUGACAUAGGAGCCACCGUCAGGGCUGACGGUUCUGACACGUGACAUAGGAGCCACCGUCAGGGCUGACGGUUCUGACACGUGACAUAGGAGCCACCGUCAUGGCUGACAGUUCUGACAUGUGACAUAGGAGCCACCGUCAUGGCUGACAGUUCUGACAUGUGACAUAGGAGUGACCGUCAGGGCCGAGAGUUCCAAUGCAUACUCUGUGGCACAGAGAGCCACGUGCUGUCACCGAGGAACCACCCGUGGGAAAUGGGGCGAGCUAAUAAAUGGUUUCCACACUUGG